AUGGGUAGCAUCGUCAAAGGAGAGCUCCAUACUCUGUCUGUUCCCACUUCUAACGCCGGAUUGUACCUGGAGCCGGUCUCGUGGGAUCCAACUCCAGCUCAGAUUGGCUGCCUCCAAAAUGGGCAGAAUCCCGAGCAGAGCCCCUGGGAUAAUCUGCCAUCUGCUGCGGCGACUCGCGUUGUGGGAGGCAUGGGAGCCCAUUGGACAUGUUGUACACCACGACCGCAUGGUUCCGAAAAGUCCGACCUCUUCACAGAGGAGGAGUGGAACAAGCUUUACGACGAAGCUGAGACUCUGUUCAAUACAAACGACACAUCGUUCGACAAGUCUAUUCGUCAGCAACUUGUGAAACACGUCCUCGUGGACGCCUACAAGAAGGACAAUCGGGAGAUCAAGAGCAUGCCUCUGGCCUGCCAGCGAAGUGAGAUCAACAAGGACUAUGUGGAGUGGUCCUGCUCGGCUACUAUUCUUGGAGAUCUCGCUGAUCCGAACUACUCUGGUCCGAACUUUGAGAUCCAGCCCAACACCCAGUGCAUGGGGCUUCUCCGUGAUGUCAAUACGAACCCACCGGAGAUCAUAGGAGCUGUUGUGAAAGACCUCCUGAAGGGCGGGAAAAGAUUGAUCACCGCCAAGAAGUACGUCGUCUGCGCCGGCGCUGUUCUCACACCUGGUAUCAUGGCCGCGUCCGGUUUUACUAGGCACGACCUGCCGGCACUUGGACGUUACAUGACCGAGCAGAGCAUGGCUUUCUGCCAAAUUGUUCUCAAGCGGUCUCUCGUGGACAAUGUGAUAAAUGAUCCAUACGAUCUCGGAUGGAGAGAGAUUGUCGAGAAACACCACCAGCACCAUCCCAGCGACCCAUUGCCAUUCCCCUUCAAGGACACAGACCCGCAGUGCUACUUCCCUUUCUCCAACGCGAAUCCGUGGCACACUCAGAUUCAUCGAGAUGCCUUCGGCUACGGCGAAGUUCCGCAAACAGUUGACCAAAGACUUGUGGUAGAUUUCCGCUGGUUCACCUACGCAGAGCCCAAAGAGACGAACUCUGUCGACUUUUCAGAAAAAAUAACCGAUGAGUUUGACAUGCCGCAGCCAACCUUCCAUUUCAGACCCAGCGAUGAUGACGCGAACCGUUGCGAGCGCAUGAUCACAGACAUGGUCGAGGUCGCUAGGAACCUUGGCGGCUUCCUCCCUGGCGCCGAACCAAAAUACCUUGCUCCAGGCUCGGCACUUCACAUCUGUGGUACUUACAGAGCAGGCAAGUCGAUCAAGGACAGUGUGGUCGACCGGACCGGCAAAGUGUGGGACUGCAGCAAUCUGGUGCUCGGCGGGUGCGGUGUGAUCCCUCAGGGACUUGCCUGUAACCCAACCCUCACGGCGGCAUGCUUUGCUAUCGUGGCUGCAAACCAGAUUGUGGCGGAAAUCGGAGGGCAAUAG